UGGCAGCCUCCAUAAAGACCGUUUGUGUUACAUAGGAGCAGUUCUGUAAUUUUACCAAGGAGCUUGAUCUAUCUGCAAAUAUCACGCCACUCUGCCAGCAACUUAAAAUCAAACAAAAGUCGUCACCUGCCGAAACUGUGUGCAUCUCACAUGUUGACAAAGAAGCUUCCCCCCCUGCAGAGUUUCCUGGUGCUGGUCUCCAGACAAGCCAGUCACCUUGCCCAACAGCACUAUGAUGUCAUUGUUGUGGGCGGUGGUCACGCAGGCACCGAGGCGGCGGCGGCAGCAGCUAGAGUGGGUGCUCAGACACUCCUGGUGUCACAGAAGAUACACACCAUCGGUGCCCUGUCCUGUAACCCAUCUCUGGGAGGAGUAGGGAAGGGCCAGCUUGUGAAGGAGGUAGAUGCUUUGGACGGGCUGUGUGGCCGAGCAGGAGACUGGGCAGGGAUCCAUUUCUCCAUCCUGAAUCGUAGUAAAGGUCCCGCUGUGUGGGGCCCGAGGGCCCAGCUAGACCGCCAGCGCUACCGUGAAUUUAUCCAGUCCGAGCUGCUGUCCACUCCCAGGCUGACGGUGUUGGAGGGCUCAGUGGAGGAGCUGCUGGUAACCAAACCGAACCCAGAGGAUCCUGGAUGCCACAGAGUCACUGGGAUACGUUUGGUGAAUGGAAGCCACCCGAUCACAGCCAGCUCUGUGGUUCUCACCACUGGUACCUUCUUGUCUGGCUCCCUCUUCAUGGGCCAAAGCACGUCCCCAGGGGGUCGGAUUGGAGAUGCCCCAUUUAGUGCUGGGCUGUCCCAGACGCUGAGGGAGAGGCUGGGGCUGCGGAUAGGCAGGCUGAGGACUGGUACCCCUCCCAGGAUUGUGAAGGACUCAGUUGACCUGUCCCUGGCUGUCCUUCACCCGGCUGACAGCAAUCCAACUCCGUUCAGCUUCCUCAACACACACACACGCUGCAAGCCUGAAGAGCAGCUUCCGUGCCACCUGACCCACACUACCCCUGGUGUAGAGAGAGUGGUCAGGGAGAGUCUUCAUCUCAACUGUCACAUACAGCAAGACACCAAGGGUCCCCGGUACUGCCCCUCCAUCGAGUCGCGAGUUCUUCGUUUUCCUGGCCGAAGGCACCAGGUGUGGCUGGAGCCCGAGGGGAUGACCUCUGAACUGUUGUACCCUCAGGGCCUGUCCAUGACCAUGCCCCCUGACAUGCAGCUCCGCCUCAUCCGAGAAAUCCCCGCCAUGCACAGAGCAGAGAUCCACACACCUGGUUACGGUGUGCAGUAUGACUUUGUGUGUCCCACUCAGCUGAGCCCCGCCCUGCAGGUAAAAAGCACCCAAGGGCUUUUUCUGGCCGGUCAGAUCAACGGAACAACAGGUUACGAGGAGGCUGCUGCACAGGGCCUGUGGGCGGGGGUGAACGCUGCCCGCUCGGCGCUCUCCAUGCCCGCCGUGGCAUUGUCUCGGACAGAGAGCUACAUCGGGGUUCUCAUCGAUGAUCUGGUGAGCCGAGGCGUCACAGAGCCCUACCGCAUGUUCACCAGCCGGGCCGAGUUUCGAGCCUCUCUUAGGCCGGACAACGCUGACCUGCGCCUCACUCUGAAAGGGUUUGAGGAGGUGGGAUGUGUGUCCUCCUUACGUUACCAAGAGGCUGUGAGAGUCAGAGACAGUCUGCAGGAUGCGCUGGCAGCCCUUCAGACUCUCACUCUCUCCAGCCACAGCUGGAAAAAAAAGCUGCCUGACAUGGGUAUGAGCGAGACCAAGAGCACCACACUGACUGGUAUGGAUGUGCUGCAGUACAAGGAUGUGUCCUUUGAAAAGCUGGCGUCUGCUUUCCCAGAGUUCCUUUCACCUUACAUGGAGUUCUCAGAAAGACUCAAGAUAGAGGCUGUGUACAGGCCUCACUGUGACCUACAGAGGAAAGAGAUUUUGAGAAUUCAGAAGGAGGAGAACAUGUCUCUCCCUCACGACAUAGACUAUUUCUCUCUGCCGGUGUCACUGUCAAAGGAAGUAAGAGAGAUUUUGGACAGAGUUCGGCCCAGCACUCUGGGUGCUGCUACACGGUUGCAAGGUAUCACUCCGGCCGCAAUUGUCAAUCUGCUACACUACGUGCACCACACCAGACAAAAUGAGAGGCGAAUGCACAGAAACCAAUCACACCAAAAAGAGAAAAGAGAAGAGGAGCUGUGUGCAAGAAAAACAUCUGUACUUCAGUGAAAUGAUGACUUGCAAAAUGUCUUGUAAAAAAUGUAUUUAUUCCUGAGAAUGUACAAAAGAAUAAAUUACGGUGUU